AGAUGGGAAUGGCAAAGCCAAAGGAACUGAAAUCCUUUCACCCAGCAGCUACCAGAAUCCUGUGAAUUCUCCUGGUGGGAACAAUAGGAGGAAACAACUCAUGUCCUAGCACCGCUUCCUCCAUCAGGUUAUGUGACUUGUUGGAUGCAUAUGAGCUGAAAGGGGGAAGAGUCACCAGGACAAUCGCUCCACAGCACAUGGGGUGUUUGGAGAGGGGCUAAAGCACUGGAGCUGCGCAGCAAAUACCCCCCAGCAGAGCCGUCUCUCAGGACAGAGACGCUAUGUCGAGGCUCUGGAUUAUGGUCCUUGUUCUGCUGUGGAUUCCAGUCAUGGCCAUCGCACAGCUCCCAGGCAAUGCCCAGUGCCCUGUGAACUGCUCCUGCUUCUUCUCCCAGUGGUUUGUCCGAUGCUCCAAUGCCAGCUUAUCCUCUCUUCCCCCUGGCAUCCCCAAUGCCACCGUGGAGCUUGACCUGCAGCACAACCAGUUCAGCACCCUCUCAGCAGGCUUCUUCCCAGAACUGGCUGAGAUCAGCAUCAUUUACCUCGGCAGCAGUGGCAUCCACCAGGUUGAGCCGGGGGCUUUUCAGGGGGUCAAGAAUCUGUACCAUCUCCACCUGGACAACAACCUCCUGGAGCAGGUCCCAGAGGGUGUCUUUGAGAAUUUGACAAAUCUGAUCUUCCUGCACCUGGAGCACAACCAGAUUGCUCACCUCCUGCCAGGUAUUUCUGGAUGGAUAGGCCAGGCCCCCAGUACCACUAAGAGCCAGCUAACUGAGCAACCAGCAUUACCAGCCCCACGCCUCUUCUCUAGUAAUCCCUGCCCAAGCCGUAGGUCUCCUGAAGUCCCCACACUGCUGAGAGGAUGGGGGCCAGAACUGCCACCAACGGGUCCUGCAUGUCGUGGGUUCUCUUCUCUGAAGCAGCUCAGUGUCCUGGACCUGAGUAACAACCUGCUGCUGGAGCUCUCCGACCAAGCCCUUCAUGGCCUCCCGCGGCUGCGUCAGCUCUACCUGAGUGCGAACCAUAUUACCAAUGUGUCCAGCAAAGCCCUCCCAGGCAGCCUGCGGGCCCUCAGCCUAGAUGAGAACCAGCUGACAAGUGUGCCCGCGGCCAUCCGCACCUCUCCCAUGCUCUCCACUCUACAGCUGAGUGGUAACCCCAUCCGGAAGCUGACAUCUCUCUCCUUUGGGAGGAGGCUUCGCUCCCUAAGGCAGCUGUUCCUGGAUGGCCUGGCCUUGGAGCAGAUCACCAACUUGGCUUUCACCAGGCUCCGCUGGCUGGAGCUGUUGAGCCUGAGGAAUAACAGCCUGGAGUCACUCCCGCCUCUGUCCUCCCUGAAGUCGCUCUCCACUCUGUAUCUGACUGGGAACAAGUGGCGCUGUGACUGCAACCUGAUCUGGCUCCGCACCUGGCAGAAGAAGGUGCUCCGGAAAGAACGCAGCCCCGUGGAGUGCAGCUCCCCGGAAGUGCUACAGGGCCAGCUCCUGGUGGACAUAGAGACCUCUCAAAAUAAUCUCCCACCUCUGUCUGGGAUUGGGGUGCAGGAUGGCUGGGCUGUUCCCUCCCAGAAGCCUCUGCUUGUCAGUGGGGAGGAGUUAUCCCUGCUAGUGCUUCAUCCAGGCCGAAAAGAAACAGAAGACCUGAUUCUCUCUCAUGUGCGGUUUUUUUUUUUUCACCUUGCCCAGUUACAGAAGCUGACUUGCCCACCCUUUGGGAUGGACUCCACCACCCUCAGCCCCUCUGAGAACAUGAAUACACCCAUGGCCAUUGCUCCACCCAGAGACAUACCUCUCCCAGGGGCUGCUACCACAGCUACCACCACGACCUCCACCGCCCUGAUCACCACAAAGAGGCUCCCUACCUCCACCACCCGCUCAGCUACCUCCCUUCACCAUGGGCUGGAGAGGUGGGACCCAUGCUUGGCCGACCACAUCAGCAGCGUCCACAUCAGGACAAAGGGCAACACCUCCCUGGUGGUUUCCUGGGCUUUCUCCGGUGACCAGGACCAAUUUGAGGUGCGGUACACGGCUGGCCGGGAUGAGCAGGUGCUGUGGGUGGUGGGAGGGUUGGCCGAGGUGACGCUCCAUGAUCUCCACGCAGGGACCGAGUACAGAGUCUGCGUCAUCCCCCAGAAUGAGAAUCUGCUGGAGUGCCAGGCCCCUGCCGCCCGGCAGUGCAAAGCAGAGCGCACUGCUGGCCUUCCUAGUGACACGCAGCCCUUGCACUCCCCACUCGGCCACAGCCAUUCGGCUGUAGGUUUUGGCAUCGCUGUUGCUCUCCUAGCACUCGCAGCACUGGCCCUGGCUGUCACCUACAGGCUGCGGACGCAGCCGAUCCAAUUCCAGCGCUACUAUGAUGAAGAUGGGUCACCCCUUCAUCGCAGGAGCAGCAACCAGGCCAAGAUGACCAUGGGCCCAGUUGAUGAAAGCAUGGAGGAUGAGGACCGUCACAGUUAUGGGACAGCUGCCAGCCAGCACCCAGAGGAGAAAGUAGACUGCACCGUGUCUGCCCCACCCAGUCUCACACUCACAUCCACACCCAAGGCUGUCUGCACCCCUCCUUUCAGACCACUGGGCAUUGGCCUGGCCCACACAUUUCAUUCUCACUCUGGAACAGCAUUUGAGCCUCUUCCGGACUCCAUGCCACUUCUGAUUGCAUUGGACUUGCCCUAGUCCAUGAGGUGUAGGAGGCUGUGGAAUAAUCUCCCAAGACAAGUGGUGAAGGCCUUUGUAGCACAUUCCAUUUCCAAAGCACCUAAGCAACAUUCUUCCUUCCUUCCUCCCACUCACCUGCUCUGCAUCACUAACCAUUUGACAAACAGGUAAAAUGAGGCAGAGGGUGAGUGGAUUACUCAGUGCCACAAAGCAUUUGGGUACAGCGCUCUGAAACUGUGGGGCAGACAGACAAGAUGUCAGGUUAUUUAAUCUUUACUCUCUAUUAAUCUAUAAACAAACAGGACAAAACCCUCAUUUAUCUUCCCUUUGUCUACAUGCAAAGUCCUGGUCUUUGGCUCCUGGAGAGCA